CGGCGGAGGCGCGGCCACGCAAGGUGAUCGAGGACCCGUACGAGACGGCGGCGAAGACGGCGAGCGGCGUCGUGGCUAGCGGCGCGGGCAAGACGGGCGGGCUCUACAUGCCUCCGUACAAGCUGGCGCAAAUGAUUUCUGGCGGGGAUGACAAGGCGUCGGCGCAGUACCAGCGGAUGACGUGGGAGGCGCUGAAGAAGGCCAUCAACGGGCUCGUCAACAAGGUCAACGUCUCCAACAUCAAGGCUAUCGUCGUCGACCUCCUCAAGCAGAACGUCAUCCGCGGCCGCGCGCUGCUCGUCCGCUCCCUGAUGAAGAGAGGGCCGAGAGGCGCCGCAACGAGCCGCACACCUCAUCGCCACCGCCUCACCGGCGCCCCGCCCCUGCCCCCCGCUCCAGGCGAGCUGCUGGUCAAGCGAGCUGUCAACCAGUUCAACCGCGCCUACCGCCGGCACGACAAGGUCGUCUGCAACGGCGUCGUCAAGUUCAUCGCCGCCCUCGUCAACCAGCAGCUGGUGCACGAGCUGCUCGCACUGCAGCUCUGCAUCUUGCUGCUCGAGACGCCGACGGACGACUCGGUCGAGACCGUCGUCACCUUCGUGACCGAGUGCGGCGCCGCCCUCGCCGAGGUCUCCCCGCAGGCACUCAACUCGAUCUUCGAGCGGCUGCGCUCGAUCCUGCACGAGGGGGCCAUCGACAAGCGCGUGCAGUACAUGAUCGAGGGCUUGUACGCGGUGCGCAAGAGCAACUUCGCCGACUACCCGGCCGUGCUGCCCGAGCUCGACUUGGUCGAGGCGGAGGACCAGAUCACGCACGAGGUCUCGCUCGACGAGCAGCUCGACCUCGAGGAGACGCUAGACUACUUCACCUUCGACCCCGACUUCGAGGCGCAGCGGACGCGCCACACCCCGCGCGCGCCCCCUCCCCUCGACCGCUACUGCUCCCAGGCGAACGAGGCGGCCUACGUGCGUGUGCGGCGCGAGAUCCUUGGCGACGACUCCGACUCCGAAUCGGGAGACGACGACGACGACGACGACGACGACGACGACGAGGAGGAGGGCGGCGGCGGCGGCGGCGGCGGCGGCGGCGGCGACGGCGGCAUCAUCACCGACCUGACGGAGCAGGACCUGGUCAACCUGCGGCGCACGAUCUACCUGACGAUCAUGUCGUCCGCCGCCGUGGACGAGUGCGCGCACAAGCUGAUGAAGCUCAAGCUGCGCGAGGGGCAGGAGGUCGAGGUCGCGACGAUGCUCAUCGAGUGCUGUGCGCAGGAGCGGCACGCACCCCCGCGUCCCGCGCUACCGGACCCCCCGCCCCGCGAUCCCGGCCCGAUCUGCCUGCGCCUCCCCCGAUCUCGCCGCGUCUGCUUCGACGAGCUCUUUGCCAAGCAGUACACGAUGAUCCACCGCCUCGAGACAAACAAGCUGCGCAACGUCGCAAAGCUGUUCGCCCACGUGCUGCACUCGGACGCGCUGCCGUGGGGCGUGCUCGAGUACAUCGUGAUCUCCGAGGAGGAGACCACCUCCUCCUCGCGCAUCUUCAUCAAGAUCCUCUUCCAGGAGGUUGCAGAGUACAUGGGCCUCAAGACGCUGCGCCAGCGGCUCAACGACGAGUCGGUGGCGCCCUCCUUCCUCGGCCUCUUCCCAAGGGACACGCCAAAGAACACGCGCUUCGCAAUCAACUUUUGGACCGCCAUCGGCCUCGGAGGCCUCACAGACGGCCUCCGGCAGCACCUCGCCGACGCGCCCAAGCGGAUCGCGGCCGCGGCGGCCGCGGCGCCGCCGCCCCGCGCCCUCUCGCCGCUCUCCUCGUCGUCGUCAUCGUCGUCGUCGUCCUCCUCCUCCUCCUCCAGCUCGUCCGAUUCGGACUCGGACUCGGACUCGGACUCGGACUCGGACUCGGACUCGGACUCGGACUCCUCCUCCUCCUCGGGCUCGUCCUCAAGCUCGUCCUCGGGCUCGUCGUCCUCCUCCUCCUCCGCCAAGAAGGACCCACCCAAGAAGCGCGCCCGGCACGACUCGGACUGAGCAUGGCGCAUCCCGCCAGGGGCGGUGCACCUCCGGGAGCCGUCCCGGCGGCGGCGGCGUAGGGCACUGCAGGGCGGCUGGAGCGCCCGCGUCCGCGUCCCAGAAUGGUCGGUGGUGCUGGUGUGGAGAGCUGGAGCGUGGAGCGUGGACGCGGCCGCGUCUGGACGCCUUGACCAGCUUCUCGCUUACACGUUACAGAGUCAGAGACCGGA